CACUCACGAGUCUCUUCUACACACCCUGCUCAAGCGCUAUGGCGGACCACUACAAAAAAAACCAAAGCAAGCACAAUAUAGGCUUUUAUAUAAAGAAAAACAAAAGAUUCCACAGGAUCAUCAAUCCUGUAUCUCUAUCUCCUUGCCCUGUCCGCCUGCAUUCCAAUCCUCACUCCACAGCCCAUCCAAUUUAAACUCUUCAGCCGACUCUUGAACAAUCUCUUUCCGCUCGUCAGUCAUUAUAGCAGCGGUAGCCCGCUUAACACCUUGGUAGUCGUAAGGACCCCGGUUGGGGCUGAGGAUAUUCUCAGAGCCGCUAAAAUGAGAUUUGGUUGCGACACGUAGCUUGUUACGGAUUUUGGCAUACUAUGGCCACGUUGGCAACAUCCUUCUUGCCACAACCCAUUCUUCAACUUCUAUCACGUUGGCAACACCCUUCUUGCUACAACCCAUACUUCAACUUCCAUCACCGAACAAGUCCUUAAAAGUCUACAGUUCACCAAAUUCAGGGACACACCUUUCAAAUACCAUAAACACGAUGCAGCAAGAUAUGCAAGAUCUGUACCACGAGUUGUGGGGAAAGUUAUCCCCCGUUGUCCAGGAGUUCACAGUGAAUGUUCCUGUUGCAAACUAUGGUAUCCGGCCUGGAUACAAAAUCCCCUUGGAAUCGACCGCAAGCAGCAGCAGCUUCAACCCCCAUAGUUCAUUGAAGUCGAAACGGCAGGACCAGCUAUUCCGGAUAGUGGCUGUUGAUUCACGUUUACCCUGUGGAGUCCACAAGUUACUGGUUCGGUCCGAGUACGAUGCGGUGCGCAAUAGGUUAAUAGAAGUUGAGGGGAGAAGAUGGUCGGGGGCUCGCCACCGGGAGAACCCCACCGCCCGUUGCAGGCUAGAUUGUGAACUCUCAGGUCAGCCUGGUGUAGGAAAAACCUAUCUUCUCUCCUAUCUUCUAGUACGCAGACUGCAUGAUUCCCUUCCCACCAUAUACAGGAUAAACGACAACAUGUGUUUCCUAUUCGACGAAGACUCAGCUGGGGAAGAGACUAGCAUGCAGGCGCUAUCUCGGCUGACACAAGAGAAGAAGCGAAAACUAUGGGUAUUGACUGAUGAGCCUCUGCACGGCCGCCAUUGGCAUGAUAGGAAUUCGGGAUGGUUUGUAGUGUUUGCCGCAUCUCCAGAGACGGUGAGAGCAUGUCAGGGAUGGCACAAGAACCGCAGAGUGAGCUUAUAUUUCAUGAGAAAUUGGCCAUGGCCAGAAAUCUUUGCUGCGUACUGCUUGGAAGCUGAGAACCCGCCCAGCCAAGACGAGAUUAAUAAACUCUUCACCACGUAUACCUGCCUCGGCCCUGUCGCUCGUACAUGCCUUGAAUCGAUUGAUGUGAGCGACGAUAACUUAUAUAACGAAACUCUCCAAAACUACCUUAGGGAGGUAGAUCGUGAAAUAGCGAAGUUCGUUGCCCGUGGUGGGCGCGAGACGGUUGAGCAUGCUGUCCUUGUAGGCUCAUCACACAAAAUGGCUAUUAUGGAUCCUACUGAGGGUGGAUUCUCCUAUACAGCACGAAUAAUAACACGAUGGAUUGGCUAUCGGGUGUAUGAAAAAGCCCAGAAACACUCACAACAUGGCUGUUUCGAGACGUUCAAGUGCCUUUCCCGUCACCCCGCCUUGAGAACUGCUGCAGGUUGGUUCUUUGAAGGGUAUGUGCAUGACUGGCUCCUUCGAGGUGGUACCUUUGAAGCAGACCAAAUGCCUGUCCUUGACAGCACAGUGGCUACCCUCCAAUUCCAUUCCACCAAGAGCGAAUCGGGCCAACCGAGAUACUUCACUACGGGGGGCAAUUUGAGCGAACAGGUCCAGGGACUUGGAGGUCGCGGAAUCAACCCUGCAGUUGUCCAUCAUUAUUUUCUCCCUUAUAGCCGCAACUAUCCAUCUGUGGAUGGGCUUAUGUUUAGUGAUGUGGAAACAUUGCUCUUGUUCCAAAUCACACUGGCCAAGAAGCAUGAGAUAAAGCCACUUGGGGUGGCGCAGCUUCUGAAAUGUUUACCAAAAACAAUUAUGAACAUCGAUUUCGUUUUUGUUGUUCCCGAAGACCGGGCAGAUGACUAUUCCAAAGCACAGCGGAUUCCUGACUCUGCAUCGGUUUCCCCCUCGGGCAAAAAACUAAAUCUCAGGCAGUUUAGACUGGUAUUUGGUGAGUAUUGUAUGGCAGCGGUGGGCAUUGAUGGCCAAGUGGUCGAGGAGGGGGAAGGGGAUGAGUAUGAUUAUGAGGCUAGCGAUUGAUUUCUGUUACCGCGUGUUGCUUACCAAGAAGGAAAAGGUCUAGAGUUGAGUGCCCAGUAGGGGUAUUUGUUUGGUGUCGUCCUGGGCUAUGUAUGUAUAGAAAGUCGUUUCCCCUUAUUGCUAGCCACUUGAGUUUGUUAGCCCCUUUCACAUUAUGAACCAACGCUUUUCUCAUACCUGAUAAGUAGAGAUAGUAUGUAGAGAUAACUUGUAGAGGAGCGUUUACUCUUUUUAACUCA